GCUGGUCCUCACGUUGGCAUUCCUGCAGGAGUACAGUUGUCCUGUUCUUGCUGCUGUAUCCAGUUGGCUGUCAUUUCACCUCCAAUCAUGUAUGUUCAGUUGUGUUUGGCUUUACUGGCUCUCUCCUCCCUGACUGCUGCAUCUGAUCCAGGCUGUGAAGAGCUGCUGAAACCUCUGGAGGAUCAAAGCCGGGUCUCUGGAAAAUGGAUAUUCUUUGCUGGAUCAUCAGACAAUAAAGAGUUUCUGAAGGAUCUUAAAACUAUCAACAGCUCCUGGAUUGAGCUCUCAGCCAUACCUGAUAGUGACGACAUGACCCUGCGCUGGGGAGACAGACUGAUGGAUGGGAAAUGUCAUCAUGGAGGUGUUAAUUCCACCUUCUCAGGAAACUCCACCAAGGUGACAUUUUACUUCAACUCGUCCACUCAUGAGCAUGUUGGAAAGCACCUGGCGACCUGUCCUGAGUGCAUCCUCUGGACAGAUAACUCAGUGACAACAAAUAAUGGGGAAACCAGAAAAGGCAGAAACCUCUACCUCUUCACAAAAUCUGGCAAACUGGAUGAUGCUCAACUGGACAUCUUCAAGAAACAGGCUGCAUGCCUUAACUUCCCACCAGAAUUCCACUUUGGAGAUGCCACAGACCUGUGUCCUGAUGAGAAGGAGGCUGCCACCGAUGCAAAAGAAGGCGAACAAUAGAGGAAACGCAUGUUGAAGGGACCAUUGUCACCUAUGUAUUGUCAACUUCAAAUCUUAUCCUGAGACUCCAAGAGUUAAAUUUGUAUUCAAGUACACUCUCUUAGAUGUGAGUACCACAGGACGUCUUGAUAGAUGUGAAGAGAGCAAAUGUUUCAUCCUGCAUGGGGGCUACUUAUAGCCUGUCGAUGCUGCUCACCAUGCCAGACUAUUUUCAGUAGAUACCUUUUGUUGUAUUAGAGACAGUUGAACAGACUGAUUUCACAUUUACUGUCAGAUUCAUAAGUCAUGAUGGAAAAAAGUUUUUUUUUUUCUUGCAUAUAAAGCUUAACAAAAGGAGCAACUGUGUGUCUGCAUGCCUCUGUUUUUCAUUAAAUGCAAUCUGUGUGUA